AUGGUUGGAACAAUGAUCCUGUUAAAAAUGCUGCACUGCAAAAGAAUGUGUGCUAGCAAAACAAAUACUGCUCAACAGUCUGCUAGUAGUAAGCCUGCACAGGACAACAACUCCAAAAUGAGAACUGUAAAGAAAGAAAUUGUGGAGAAUGUUUGUAGAGUGUGCCUUAAAGAAGGUAGCAUACCUAUUUAUGGAAAGGAUGGAAGUGAAGACAUUUCAAAUGAAUUAAAUACGUUUGGAGGAAUAGAUAUAAAACGUGACGAUCCACACCCAAAAUUUAUUUGUCAAUUGUGCAGUUCACUGUUACAGGGUGCAAUAUUAUUUAGAAAAACUGCACAGCAAUCAGACGAAAUUCUUAAAUAUCCAAAGACUGACGAGUUUAUUGAACAAAAUGAUGAUACAAUGGAGUGUUUAGAGGAAGACAAUCCUGAUAUUGUUCAAGCGUGCAAAGUUAAGAAGCAGGAAGAAUAUCAUUGUAAGCGGUGCAACAUCAAAUUUCUCUCUUUCAAAGAACUUGAUGAACACAAAUUAACUGAUGAACAUGAAAACAUGAGACAUGUCUGCCCAUAUUGUCACAAAACUUAUGCACCAUUGUAUUACAAAAAGCACUUAGAGUUACACACAAAACCUCCCUCUUAUGUCUGUGAUGUAUGUGAUCAAAGUCAUGAAACAAUGUGA